GGUUGCAGACGAAAUCAUUAAACCCUAAAUAGAGGAAGAAGAAGAAUUGAAUUGAUUAUUCCACCAAUUCAUAAAUUCAUCCAUUUCAAUGGGGGAUCCUUACUGGAGAUACGGCGCCGCUGCCUCCGCCGCUCCUCCGUCGUCCUCCGACAGAGGAAGCAUACCGCAGGCGAGCUUUCCAGGAUAUUUGUCGACCGAAGCGUCAACAUUGACCAACUAUAACCCUUACAGCUCCAUCGAUUUGCGGGCUCCUCCCUUGGAUUUUCUACAAAAAGAUAUCGUACCAUCACGCGGUGGGGCAUAUCGUGUAGAUGACAUUCAUUCCGAACCAGGUGUCAGUGGAUUGAUUGGUGGAUCUAGCUUUAGGGAUUAUCCGUCUUCUUUCGACGAUCCGAAUUUGUUAGUUCGCCAAAGAGAUGUUGUUUCAGGCACUAGUUCCGGCGUACCUGAUGUGAGUUACGGAAGACCUAAUUCAAUGUUGAGGACCGACGGCCCACCCGUUUCGGCUGGAGAGUCGAAUGUUUUGUUUGUUGAUGGUCUUCCAACCGACUCUACUAGACGAGAAAUCGGACAUCUUUUUCGGCCAUUUAUUGGGUUUAGGGAACUUAGAGUUGUUCAUAAGGAGCCGAGACGUCGUGGAGACAAGGCCAUGGUUCUGUGCUUCGUCGAGUUCACCGACGCAAAGUGUGCUGUUACUGCAAUGGAAGCCCUUCAAGGUUACAAGUUCGAUGACAGAAAACCAGAAUCCCCUCUCCUUAGGAUCCACUUUGCACAUUUCCCUUUUCGCCUUCCAACUGAUUGAGACAACCGACGAACUCAGGUGUCUGCUGUAAUGGUGAGACAAAGCCCCUAUGUGCUAACAAGUAUUAUCUAUUUUUGCAAUGAUAAAAAUGCAAAUUUGUUUUUUAGGUAAAGAAAAGCCGAUUCCGAUAUCGAAAGUAUACGGUGUGGGGGUAGUUGUACACUUGGUUAUUAAGGUGAGGAAGUUAAAGUAUGGUUUGGAAUUGUA